AUGUCCGUGAAUCAAGCGAACGGCGAGUAUAUCAUCCACACGUCUCAUCAGGCCGAGCUGCGACUCAUGACCGAGCAGACACCUUCGGCCUCGCUAUUGAAAAGGAAGACUGGCCUGCUGAUCCAUCAAGACCGUGAACAUAACGACCACGUAAACAUCUCGGUCCACAAAGACGACAGCCUUCAAGGCCUAUCGAUCGUGCGGCGAAACCUUCCAAUUUUCGCUCGGAAGGAGACAUCAGCCGCAAAGUAUAUACGGGCGAGGCCUCCGGAGCGCCAUGCAGGCUCAGAGGAGAACCAUCUACAAUGCAGGAUCCAAUCUAGGGGGAAGUGCCUGCCGACGCGCUUGAUCCGCCUAUCCGAGGCCUCGGAUGGAGGCAUGCAGCUGAAGUUGGUUCUCGUAGAAGAGGAACACAAUCACCCUUUCCAAUACGCCGCCCUCAGCUACUGCUGGGGUGGGAAUCAAGCCCUUACGCUGCGUAAGGCCAAUAUCGGUGCCCUUUCACACAGCACCCCCAUGGAUACACUGCCUCCAACGUUAAGGGACGCUGCCAGAGUAUGCCGUGGUCUGGCGAUCCAGCAUAUAUGGGUUGAUGCUCUCUGCAUCAUUCAGGAUGACGACACAUCCAAGAUGGCCGAAAUAGCCAAGAUGGGGAGCAUAUAUAAAGGCGCGCUGGUCGCAAUCAGUGCAUCAUCAGCUUCCAAUACCAAUGCUGGAUUUCUCAAAGAGAGAGAACCCCCAGCCGACCCGAGCUGGGUGGUCAGACUGCCGUUUUAUGAGGAGGAGGGGGAGGAAAAUGAAUGCUUCAUUGCAUUUACGACCGUACAUCAUCCCCGAGACCCUCUGGACGGCAGAGGUUGGACGCUACAGGAGCACCUCCUUUCCACCCGGCUCCUAGUCUUCAAAGCUCAUCAGCUUGAAUGGAAGUGUCUGGAGCUAGAAACUGUUGAUGGAUAUCGGCAGGGUACCUUUCCGUUCUUCUCGUGGAGGAGAAAUGCGCUUCACACAUAUGAGAAGAUCGCGGGAGAUUUCACAGAACGCAAGCUUACUUUCGAAGACGACAGGCCUCUGGCCAUGAUAGGCAUAGCUGAGGAGUUUGCACGGAUGCUCGGGGACCAGUAUGUUGCCGGUCACUGGGCCUCGGCACUGCCCCUCAGCCUUCUCUGGUCCAAGGGAGAUAAACACGUCUUCCAACGUUGUGGGAACUACGAAGGCCCGACCUGGUCCUGGGCCUCAUCUGGCAGAGCUAUCACCAUUGAGCCCUUCCUGGCCCGCACAGACGGUCACCUGUCUGAUUGUGCUGUAAAAUGCAAGAUCGUCGAGAUCCGGCCCAAGCCCCUUGUUGAGGAUGCACCAUAUGGCGCCUUUGGACAGGGGACGUCGCUGGUACUGGAAGACAGGCUUCUUCAGAACACCUACCUUGCUCCAGAAUACGGUCCCGAGACUGUCAGCAUUGAGGGGAUAGAUCGCCAGUGCUCGAUGCGCGGGGUCGUCAGGCUCGAUGAAAAUGAGGAAGAAUUUCACCGCGAGGGACUCAAUGGCCGGUGCCCGGCCCUCCUCGAGUUUUGCACAAUGUCAGGGCCCGCUACCUGGAACGAAAUCCACGGACUUGUCCUGGAUCCCGUUCCUGGGAAGGAUCUGACGUUCACAAGGAACACCAUGUUUCGAAUAAUGCAAGAAUUUGAGCACUUACCAGGAGAUGACGAGCGUGACAAGGUCAGCGGGGUAGGGUUGAAAGAUGAACUAGAGCGGCGCAAUCCGUUCAAUGGAGCCGCUGUGGUGAGGGUAGAGCUGCUGUAG